UAAAUAACCCACCCUUCAUCAUCUUCAUCAUCUCCUCUCUCUCUCUCUCUCUGCGCUUCUGCAACACUGGAUGUAUGAUGCUCCCAAUUCCCUGGAAGAAGCCCUUCAACACGGACGAAGUCCAGCAAAGCAAGAACAGACUCGACUCCUCUCCCUUGGACGUUGUCGGCUUGCGGAUUCUGACACGGAAGCUCUCCCAUGGCGGCGGAUCCAACGUCGUCGUCAAGACCAAUUUGAAGUCGCAGAAACCCUCCCUCUCCGACUACUAUUCUUCCUUCCUCAGAUCGUGCCAUCUCUGCAACAAGACCUUGAGCCCUCACAAAGAUGUCUACAUGUACAGAGGCGACCAAGGAUUUUGCAGCGAGGAGUGCCGAAACAGGCAAAUCUAUAUGGAUGAAAUGGAAGCCAUAGAAGCAUCCGCCAAGCGCAGGAGAAAGCUGUCGGCGAUGUCGUCGUCUUCUUCUUCCAGGGGCCGCCGGUGCGAAACUCUUCCUCUCUUGGAACAGUUCCGGCGCCGGAGGCAUAACCCAUUAAUCUCGUAUCAAAAGAACCGACCCCAAGUCUUAUAGCCUCAGCCAGUUGGUUUGCCUAAACUGGCCUUUCUUUCUUAAUGAGUGAAAUAAGAGUGAUAAUUUGAGAA